GCGCGGGGAGCGGCCCGGCCCGGCCCGGCCCCGGUACCGCGUGUGCUGUGCCCUGCCCGUUUGUCCCCCCAGCAGCGCCGGCUGGCAGGUGACAGCGGCCCGGCGGCGCCCGGUAGCGGCGGGCGCUGCCUGGUAGCGGUUCGGGGCUCGGUGGGUGGCGCGGGCGAAGCUAACGGAGCGCGGAGCGGCGGGGGAUGCUCGGUGUUUUGGUGGGCACGGUUCAGCAUGAAGCUCAACUAGCAGCACAAUGACCGUAUGGGGGAAAGAUGCCCGUGGGCUCGGACACUCGCUAGCGGAGAGCUGAAGCCCCCAGCCUCGUGCCCAGGAGAGCAGGAUGCGUGUCACCACGCGCAGGGUGCUGCUGCUGGUGGGCUCGGUGGCGGCCCUGAUGGUGACCCUGCACCUCGGGCAGCAGGUCCUGGAGUGCCAGCAGGUGCUGAGCGAGAGGAGGCACAGGCUGAUGAGGCCCGAGAACGAGGAGCUGGUGAUGGUGGACGCCAACCGCGUGGAGUACCGGUACAGCAAGGACAUGCCGCUGAUCUUUAUCGGCGGCGUCCCCCGCAGCGGCACCACGCUGAUGAGGGCCAUGCUGGACGCCCACCCCGAGGUGCGCUGCGGGGAGGAGACCCGCAUCAUCCCCCGCGUGCUGGCCAUGCGCCAGGCCUGGUCCAAGUCCGGCCGCGAGAAGAUGCGCCUGGACGAGGCGGGCGUGACAGAUCAGGUGCUGGACGCAGCCAUGCAGGCCUUCAUCCUGGAGGUGAUCGCCAAGCACGGCGAGCCCGCCAGGUACCUGUGCAACAAGGACCCCUUCACGCUCAAGUCCUCGGUGUACCUGUCACGGCUGUUCCCCAACUCCAAGUUCCUGCUGAUGGUGCGGGACGGGCGCGCCUCGGUGCACUCCAUGAUCACGCGCAAGGUGACAAUCGCCGGCUUCGACCUCAACAGCUACCGGGACUGCCUGACCAAGUGGAACAAGGCCAUUGAGGUGAUGUAUUCGCAGUGCCUGGAGAUCGGCCGCGCCCGCUGCCUGCCCGUCUACUACGAGCAGCUGGUGCUGCACCCCGAGCGCUCCAUGCACAACAUCAUGAGGUUCCUGGACAUCUCCUGGAGUGACACAGUGCUGCACCACGAGGAGCUCAUCGGGAAGCCCGGAGGGGUGUCCCUUUCCAAGAUAGAAAGGUCGACAGACCAGGUGAUCAAGCCGGUGAACAUGGAGGCGUUAUCCAAGUGGAUCGGGCACAUCCCGGGGGAUGUGCUGCAGGACAUGGCCCACAUCGCCCCCAUGCUGGCCAGGCUGGGCUACGACCCCUACGCCAACCCCCCCAACUACGGCCACCCCGACCCCCUGGUUGUCAACAACACGCACAGAGUUUUAAAGGGGGAUUAUAAAACACCGGCCAAUCUCAAAGGUCACCUGCAGGUGACUCAGAACACGUCAUCUUCUCACUAAGAAAAUUAAUGAUUUCCAGAACGCUGCCAAAGGCCUGUUGUUGCCUGAGAAGGAAGAGUGUGCAGUGGGCCCGUGGAAAUCGGUUCUCCAAGCAUAUUGCUUGCUCCUACUGUUGCCAAAUGACUGCGCUCCAGGAAUGUAUUUGCAUUUAUUUGCAAAGGCCAAACGUGCUCCACGGCGGGAACGUCGCCGGCCUCUCCCAGCGCUCCGUGGGGAAUGCGGCUGUGGAAAUCCGGACUCGGGGGGGCGGGAGGAGAUUCCCUGUGCCGUGGCUGGAGGACUCCAUACAUCGCCUUUGUGUCUCUGUGAUCUGUUCCCCGUUCCCGGUGUGGGGAACAGCCUUCCCAUCCCUGCUGUUCCGUAUUCCUGGGAUCGGGAAGAGCCAUCCUGAUCCGGCUGUUCCCAAUUCCCAGGGUCAGGAACAGCCCCCUGGCCCUGCAGAGCCUUUGUGGUGCGUGUGCCCUCCCCUCACCCCCUCCCCGACCCUGCAGAGGCUAUUGCAGAGUUAAUAUAUGGCCCCCUCUACCCUCGGUGUCGAACACCAUUAAAGUGUUGAUUUGAUAUUUAA